AUAAACUCGAGCUUUCACCCAAAAGACUUCUUGUAGCAAGAAAGAGAAGGAAACCCUAAUCCAUUGACCACAGUUUAUCAAAUUUCUAUGGAGGCUGCAGCUACAACAACUAUCCCAGAGGCGAUCUUAGUGGAGAUUAUUGUAAGACUACCGUUAAGAAGCAUUGCCAGAUUCAAAUCUGUCUGCAAACAGUGGAAAGCGCUGAUAGAAUCGUCAUAUCUCCGCCGUGUCUUCGUCUCUCUACAAAAACAAUCAUCUUCCUCAUGUUCUCUCAUGUUCGGAACCGACUAUCCUUACCCCAUCGCAGAAGCUAUAGGCUUCCACGGAUGCAGCACAUGGGAUCUUCCCAGAUCUCCAGGCUCUUACAUCAUGCCUUUUCAACGGUACCCUAAUCUCCCCACCCGUAGCUACUUCUAUAGAUCUUCUUCCAACGGCUUGAUCUGGAUCGAUCUGUUCCCUACUCGCACUGUCGGCAUGACUUUCUAUUACAAGACCUUUGUCGGAAACCCAGUUUCACAGCAGUGGGUUGAGAUCCCUCCGCCUCCUCAGGAAUGUAAAGCUACUGCUUUGGUAACGCGUGUGGAUGAUGUUAGGAACGGCGUCGUUUUGAGCUUCAAAGUGGUCAGGACAUGUGACCCUGACCCUGACCCUUAUGAUCAGAGUCUUGUACCAAACGACAUGGGAAUGUAUGAAUGGAGAGUGUGUGUGUAUUCUUCCGAGACAGGGGCCUGGAGUUUCAAGCGGCUUCUCUCCUCUGUUCCCGUUCAAUACACUGCCUAUUACCCUCCUGUCAAUGUCAAUGGGAUGCUUUAUCGGUGGGAGAGGAUAGUGGAUGAUAGUGCACCCGGAAGCCUUUUAGCUUAUGACUUCUUCGGCCCUGAAGACCAUGAUCACUGUCAGGUUAUACCUCUCCCUCUUCCGUAUCACGAAGACGUUAGGAGAUGCUUGACUACCUCAGGAGGAGAUGUUAUCUACAUUGAGAUACUGUAUGGAAGAUUGAAAGUUUGGAAGCUGAAUAACAAUAAAAACGAUUCUGGGAGUAGUGAAUGGUGGCACUUGUCAGGGGAAGAAAUCAACUUGGUCUCUGUGGUGGGAUCUGAUUUUGAUUGUUUUCCCAUGGCAGUGAAUCCGUUUAAUGCGGAUAUCAUCUACAUGUGGAGUGUUCAAGACAGUUGUUUGGUGUCAGGUAACUUGCGGACACAAGAGUUUGUUGUUCAUCAAGAGUUAGAGAGUUGGAGGAAUAGUGAAGGUUGUUAUAGCAUAAAUACAUACCAUUCUAAAGGGUAUAUAGAAGAUAAUCACAACAUAACUAUGGUACUCAUGUUAUCUCAGUUUGUUCUCCCACAAUGGAUGGAUCCUGUACCCUGUCUGCCAAAUUGAGCUUCCUUUUUGUGGAUCCUGUAACUUAAGGACUCUGAGAGUUUAUUGUCCAUCAAGAAUCAGAGAAUUGGAGUAAUAGUGAAGGUCUUUUGGGGCAUAAGCAUAUCCAUUCUAAGUAGAAUAUGGACGGUAAUUGUUGGAUUAUCUGGUUAUAUCCCAGGUGGUUCCCACGAUAGAUGGAUUCAAAACCUCAUCCGCCAAGUUGAGUUUAUAACUUUUAUGUUGUUUCUUGCAAAAGCUUAUUUCGGUGUUCAAUGUAUUUUGUUUUGUUUUUGUCACAACUAGUGCUCUAUCAAUAUCAGGUCUUCUCUUUUCU